AUGUUUUAUAAAAAUAUGUUUGUUGUAGGUGAUUUCGCAUGAAAAAGCAGCAAUGAGUUUCAAGGCUACUUAAAUCAUACGCCGAUUGGGAGAAAAUUGAAAAAUUUUAUGUUCAGUAUUUUUGAAAAGGUUUUUAGGAUAAAAUACCAUAAGAGUACUUACUUUAAAACCCAGAUAAUUUAUGAAAUAGUCGCCAACGUUAUUAUAGCUCUGCAAGUAAAUUGUUUAGUAUGGUACCCAAACCUUAACAUUUCUAAUUGGAGCUCAUAUAGGGGUAUAUGGACAACCCUGAGCUAUACAAGCUAUGAUAAUAUUUGUGCGAGUUUUUACAUAAUGAAUUUUUGUUUUUAUGGGACGUCUUCUUUAGUUGGGCUCUGCUUGGUAUUUUUUGCAGCUUUUGGAAUUUUUUUAAAAAUUAAUAAACCGAUACUUUAGACUUACUCCCCCCCCCAUCCUUGAUCGAACGACUCGCCAUCGUUCGAUCAAGGAUGGGGGUUAAAACAGAUUUUAUAUAUAAAUUGUUUUUUAUUUACUUUUAAAUAAGAGGGUUAAGAGUAUAUUUAAUAAUUAUUUUUACAGCAAAAAAUUGAAUUAAUUUCAUAAAAAUACCAAUUUUUUAUAUUUUAAUUUAUUAGUUACCCCUUUAAAACUGUAUAAAUUUUAAUUUGUUACUUAUUAAAUUAAAAUUUGUUUUUAAAAAUUUUAAAAAAUCUCUAUUUUAUUAGAUUAUUGAGUUUUUAGGCCCAUGUUGAUGACUAAAAUUACUUUGAAUAGUUGAUUCCGAAGCUUUCUAUCGUCUCAAAGUCUCUGAAAACAACUUCAUUAGGUACAUCUUCCCAAGCUUUUGAUAACUAUUAUAUUUUUAUAUAUAUAAAAAUUGUCAUGAUAUGAAAAUCGUUCGAUCAAGGAUGGGGGUUUAAUUUCCCCAAUUUUUAGGAAUUUUUACAGUCAAUCGUUCGAUCAAGGAUGGGGGGAGUUAGAUUCUUAAUUUAACUUACUCGAGUUGGGCUUCUGGAUGCGCAGGACCAUAAGGUUUAUUUUCCCUCAGAUUUGGUCGCUUCUCCUGCUUGCAUGCGGUCUGUCAACAAAGGCUACUCCUUCUAUAUCCUGUGGGACUAUUUGAGAGCCGAAAAGUCCCGGAAUUAGCGGCUUGGCGCGUUGCCUCGUUUUAUCUAGCUAUGCUCCUGCGCCUGCUCAGCCUAAGGGUUCUGACUUUAUCUGGCGGUGAAAAGAGGUUAAGCACAUUGCCUAUAUGAUGCAAAGUAAUUGAACCUUCACUAUUAGAAAGCCAUAAUAAUAAAAUGGCUUCUGAUGAGUGGAGAAUUUAUCUGUGAAUUCCCUCGUCCAAUUUUUAUUAUUAUAAUAAGCCGAUACCAGUGCUCCUUGUCAUGGUUUUUGAAAAAUUUAUGUGGAUUCUAAACACUAUAUGUUUUAUUCCAAGUGUAAUGAUUCUAUUAAUGACUUUUAAAUAUUCAAUUAUAACUUCCAAAACAAUUGAAGAAUAUUCUGGAGAGGUAAAUAGUGACAGCUUGGAUUAUGGACCAGCUGGUAUUAUCAUUGUAAUUUGCUGUUUUUGUAUUUUAGCGCCUAUAAUUAUAUUUUCUGAAAUUUUUAGCUGUGAUAUAAAGCAUGUAAAUUCCAAUAGAAAUAUAAAAGCAAGAGCCUGUGCUGAGUUAGAUUUAGAAAAAAAAAUUUUUUAUGUAGUGAUGUGCAUAUUUUACAUCACUUUUGGAAAUCCGAAUGUUAUUAUUUUACAGAUUUUAGGCUCAAUUUAUUCACUUUAUCUUAUGAUUAAAAGUGUAUUAUACCUUCCUUACUAUAAUAUUUUUGAAAAUUGUAUAGAAUCAUGCAAAAUAGCUGCAAUUUCUUUAAGCCAAUUUAUAUUUCUAUUUGGUCGAUUGAUAGAUAAUGCAACUGUUAUUGUAAAUUUUAAUAUGUUUUUGCAGCCACUUGCAUUAUAUUUGAUUUGCCGUUUUACUAUAUGAAGAUACUUAAAAUUAAAAGAAAGCGUAGAAAUCCCAAAAAAUCAAUACGAUUUUGAACUGAAAUUUCGCCAUUUAUUGACAAACCCGAAUUUAGAAGACAACAAAAGACUAUUAAAAUUGUUUAAAAAAUUUUCCGAACUAAGCCAUUUCCAAAAAAAUAAGCUUUUCUCCAUAUGAGAAUUUAAUUUUUACUUUUAUGUAAUAAAAGAUGAAAGACUUGCCAGAGUAAAAUUAUCAAAAAUUCAAAAAAAUCCAGCUUCUUUAGAAGGAGAUAUACAAGAAUGAAAAAUUUUUAAUUGAUUAUCGACUAAUAGGUUUUUUGUUUUUCCAGAUAUUAAUUAUUUGACGUAUUUAAAAGAAUUGAACAGAAUAAAAGCUAUGGACGAAGAAUUGUGCUAUAUUUUAAUUGAUUUACAAAGUGAGCUCUCACAGAAAGUCCCGAGAAUUGAUAAACUUGUUAAUUUAGUCAGCAAAACUUCGGCUAAUAUAAGUUGCAUCAAAAAAGGAUAUAAAAAUAUAAUAGAUAAAUAUAAGACAAAAGAAAUCCUUGAACUUUAUGUAGGAUUUCUUGAAAAUGUGUUGAGUGAUUUUGAUGAGGCUGUUCACAUCAGUAAUAGGGAAAAUAAGCUAAAUCCUCCUUUAAAUUAAAACAAAAUAUUAAUUUUUUGAUAAAUUAAAACCGUUUAAUAGAAUUUUUUUAAAAUUAAAGAAAGAAAAAGAUUUAUUUAUACCCUAUCCUAAUCUAGCAAUUUAUACCUAUCCUAAUCUAGCAAUUUAAAAUUAAGGAAGUAAGUGCAUAUAGCCAAAAAAAUGAAGACAAAAGAUUAGAGAAAUAUGGCAAAGAUGUGUGCACAAUGCUUAUUUCUUGUUCAGAGGAAUCUUUUGGCACUAUUCUUCACAUUAAUGAAAAAGCAAGUCAAAUAUUAAAAGUUUCGUUAAUUCUAUCUCAAGAAAUGAAAUUUACGAAUUUUCUUCCGUUUCCAUAUGAUUCUUUACAUUUACAAUUAAUUAAAGAUUUUCUUUUAAAUUGUGAAUCUACUGAUGUAAAAAAUCAUGAAGAUUUAUUUUUCCAAGACCAGCAAGGAUACCUUAUAGAAUGCAAUUUAUUAAUAAAGCUGACAGCACUUCACGAUUCUGCUUAUUUUUUAGUAUCUUUUCAGCAGAAAAAAAUAGAUCAUCAAAUAGCCAUAUUUUCUGAAGAAGGCUAUGUAACAGCCCACACAGAAAAUUUUUCUUACUAUAUAGGAAAAGAGCAAAAAUCUUUAAAAAAUCAAACUUUAUCAAAUAUAGUCCCACCUAUUUGUAUCGAAAAUUUGAAAAAUUAUGAGCCAUUAAUCCUUAGUUGGGAAAAUCGUGAAUUGGCUUUUAUAAAAGUCCCUAAGAAAAUAAAAUCAACGAUAAUAUAUUUAUUAAUAAUUGCUUAUAGGACUGAUGAAAUCAAUAAGUGAAAAACUGGAGAAGCACAAGAAAAACUAGAGAUUAUAAUUAAUCAAGAUUUAGAAAAUGAAGAAGCAUUUCAAAAUGAACAAUGGGAAAAAGAAAAGCAAAAAGCUGAACUAAAAAAUCGUUCAAUUUAUGAAGUUAAUUUUAUGGACAAAACUGAGACUGAUGUCAAUACACAAAAUAUUGACAGCCCUAUAAUAGAAAAUAACGAAUCUGAAAAAUCACAUGAUGGAAGACAUCUUAAUCCUGCCCUAUCUAAAAAGAGUAAUCUUUAUAUAGAUAUAGCAAAUAGGCUUCUAAUUGAAUCUAAAAAGAGGAUAAGAGUUCUCCAAUGGGUAUUAUUUUUUGUGGUAACUGAAACGUAG